AUGGACUUUAACGAUUUGAUAUUCCCUUGUCCAAAACCAAGUUAUAAUGAGACUUUGGGUGGUUUAUAUUACAUUGAUGAACAAAUCUGUGGUUAAUCUAUCAAAAAUAGCAAUGAACUGAAAAUAUAAAAUGGAACCUUAAGAGUGACAAUUAGUUAGAACUAAACACAUCACAAGGUUACAAAAAAAAGAAGGAUAGUCACAUUAUUAUAAUUAGAGUAGAAGUUAAAUAAAGGUAUUAUUGUAUUUUUUCAUGCCAAUGCAGAAGAUCUUGGAAUGUGUAAAUCUUUAGCAUUUCUUCUAGGGACAGAUUUGGAUGUAUAAAAUUGGUCUCUGUAAUUAGAUGGCCUCAAUUUCUAUUGAAUAUCCAGGUUAUGGCAUUUAUAAAGGAAAUUGUAGUAGUGAUAUAAUGAUAAAAGAUGGGUAUUAGGUGAUGGAACAUAUAAUAAAAGUGUUGAAGGUUUAAGAAGAAAAUAUAAUAAUAAUAGGAAGAUCAAUUGGAUGUAGUAUAGCAAUAGAAAUGAGUAUACGUUAUAAAAAGAUUAGAUCUCUUAUUUUAUUGAGUGCAUUUACUUCAAUUUGUGAUGUUAUAAAGGAGAACAGUUUCUUUUGGAUAUCAAAGUUAGUGAAUGAAAGAUUUAGGAAUUUAGAAAAGAUGCAUAAAGUAGUUUGUCCAACACUUUUCAUACAUGGAAAGGAUGAUGAUUUGGUUAAUUAUAAGCAUUCAAUAGAAUUGAUGAAGGAAUGUUAAGGACUUGUUCAUAUCGAAUUAUUUGAAGGAAUGAAUCAUAAUUAGUUCUCAGUUGAAUUACAUAUCAUCUCUCCAAUUAAAUAAUUUUUAAUGAAAAUAAAAUGA